CCUCAGCUCUUCCUUACCUUAUUUCCCAUUGACUCAGUUAACUCUUGCCUCUGUAAGGAACAAGAACAUCAUCCCUCUUGUAUAAACCUAUCAGAUACUUUCUAUAUCUUCUGUUCAUGUUCAAAUUCUGAUAUUUGAAUGUCAAUUGGUUUUCAGAAAAUGGAUUUUCUUGGAAUUUUUCUUGUAUCUUCUCUUGCCAUGUUGAAGACAACUCAUGGACUUGGAGGCGGAUGGUCCAAUGCUCACGCUACCUUCUACGGAGGCGGCGAUGCAUCUGGUACAAUGGGUGGAGCAUGUGGCUAUGGGAAUCUUUACGGCCAAGGUUAUGGCACAAACACUGCUGCAUUGAGCACUGCUCUAUUCAACAAAGGGCUUACUUGUGGGGCGUGCUUCGAGAUGAAGUGUGUUAGCGACAAUAGAUGGUGUCUCCCGGGCUCUAUUAUAGUAACAGCAACAAACUUCUGCCCUCCGAACAACGCUCUCCGGAAUAAUGCAGGCGGCUGGUGUAACCCUCCGCUACGACAUUUCGAUCUUUCGCAACCUGUUUUCCAACAUAUAGCUCACUAUAAAGCUGGAAUAGUUCCUGUUGUAUACAGAAGGGUUGCCUGUAAGAAAUCUGGUGGGAUAAGGUUUACAAUAAAUGGACAUUCAUACUUCAACCUUGUGCUGAUAACCAAUGUCGGAGGUGCUGGAGAUGUCGUGUCUGUCUCCAUUAAAGGGUCUAAAACUGGUUGGCAAGUGAUGCCUCGCAAUUGGGGCCAAAACUGGCAAAGCAAUGCCUACAUGAAUGGUCAAGCACUCUCUUUCAAGGUCACAACGAGCGAUGGUCGCACAGUCAUCUCCGAUAAUGUGGCUCCUACGAAUUGGGCAUUCGGACAAACUUUCACAGGAGGGCAAUUCUAAUAGUUCCCAUCUUCACCUUUAAAACAAACCAAAAACCAGAUGAAAAAUUUGAGUCAUUUCAUUCCAAACAAGACCAAGCCCCUAAGGCUACAAACAAUCAUUAACCAAAUAGUUUAUAGUUUAAUAGUUAGUUGUAUCUGUUAUAAUAUAAUUACUACAUUUAUAGUGCUAUAGGUUUGUAAUACAGUGACAAAAUAUGUCAUCAUGGGGUACUUUUAGAAAUGCCCUUAAUGCUGCCAUUGUGUUUUUUUUUACCAUUUUUUUCAGGGAUGAAUGCAUUGUUGUGGAAUUUGAUGCGAAGAUGCAUCAAGAAGUGAUAAAGUUGGUGUGAAUUUGGUCUCUACGGGGCACAGAGACCUGUCUAAAUAAUGUUUAAAGAGUAAGCCUUAGUUAGCAUUUCCAGCGAGGAUUGUAUGUUUGAUGUGAUCUUUAGGAGUGGAAUGUGUUCUGAAGAGACUUCAUCUGUAUUGUGUUGUAUAAGAUUAACGUUUGCCAAUAAUGAUAUAGCCUGCAUUUUCUGUGAA